AUGGCCGAGAAUCAAGAUAGUGCCGCGCUCCUCAAUGGAAGCGCAAUGAAACCAGACGCCUUCGACGGCACGAAAUCCAAGUACAUUGCUUGGAAGACCCAAAUGAAACUCUAUGUAGUUACGCAGAGGAAGCGGCUACCAGAGCAGUUUGACAGAGUCCUAAUGAUUCUGUCCUACAUGAAGGGUGGACACGCGGGCGAAUAUGUCGCUACAUUCAUGAAAAAAUACGACGCGGACGAAAACUCCGUAAUACAGACCACCAAGACACUGUGGGAAGACCUGGACAGGCACUUCUUAAUCGAUGAGCAAGCCGAAGCAUACGAUCGGCUUCAGGCAAUGCAGAUGGGGACGUUGUCGGCACAGGAAUUCUUCUCAAAAUUCGAGUUAUGUGCCUUCCAGGCAAACAUUCACGAUUUCGAAGCACACUUCCAGGAACUCAAGUCGCUUCUUGAGAAGGCACUCCGGGCCGACAUCAUUCGACUUCUGUACAAUUCAUCAGAAGAACUCCCCACCACAUAUGCACUCUACAAGCAACAGGUCGCGCGCAUCGACCUAAAUCAGCAACAGGACAGUUUCAACCAAGGCAGCAGCAGGCGCAAAGCACACCACGAGCGCAAAAUGCACCCGCACCAGCAACUGCUACUGCGCCAGUUCAAACACGGCGCGACGGAACUGGUGUCACAUUCGGAGGAAGGGGACAACCGAUGGAUUUGGAUCAAGCACGACGCCAGGGUCUUUGUUUCCGAUGUGGCCAACAGGGUCACAUAUCACGAAAUUGCCCUAAUCGGCAACAAGCUCAACAAGUACGAGCCGCGGAAACCCCGGCAGUUCCCACCACCAACACGUUCACACCCCUCACAUCACUGA